CACUUCCAUAAGUUUGGUGAACGCUAGAGCGCACGAACGCGUCGGACAUUGGCGCGCUUUUUAAGUGACAUUAAAAAGUAUCAAAAUGGAGAGCUGCGGGAUGAAUUGCAUAAAAUAUUUAUUAGUUGUUUUCAAUGCGAUAUUUAUGAUACUUGGUGUUAUCAUAAUAGCGGUGGCAUGUGUGGACAUGGGAAUGCUGAAGGGGUUCGCUGGCAUGGAGACAACGGGCCACGAGACUGAUGCUGUGCUCAUUGCUGUGGGGGUCCUUAUCAUUAUCGUCGCCGCUUUUGGCUGCUUCGGCGCUUGGAAGGAGAGCCCGAAGCUGUUAUAUAUAUUUGUGGGCCUUUUAAUACUGAUCAUCUUACUGGAGCUAUCUGUGGGUAUAGCAGCGGCGGCAUUAAGACCACAAAUCGAAGGUACCAUGAAGACGCAGCUGCGAGCCUCGUUCAUCAAAAACAAGUCCACUAGAGAGGAGGACUCAGUUUACAGGGAAUUUUGGGAUAAAAUUCAGAACAAUCUGGAAUGUUGUGGUGUGACCGGCCCCGAUAACUACGUAGCCUCUGAGCCUCGACUGAACCCCUCGUACAGCUGUUGCCCUCAGGAUGACUCCGACCGAGCUGUGGAGAUCAAACGAUCCGACUGCAUCUCACUCAGUAAAUAUUAUCAAGAGGGAUGUGAGGAUAAGGUUCUCAGCACUGUCCAUAGCGCGGGACUAUCCGUCAUUGUCUGUGGGAUACUGUUUUGUUUCUUGGAGAUGGCCGGCAUAGUGUUGGCAUUAUGGCUCGCUCACUCGAUCAAGAAUGACGGGAAAAGUCAGGAAACGGCCUAAUUAAUAAAUACGAUAGCUUUUCAAUGCACUACACUUAAAUUAUACAAUAUUGUAAAACGGGAAUAAAAGUCUCUAAAUUGUUGUCUUGAGAAAUGUUUUGCAAUACGAGUCGUUGUUGUUUGAAAUUGUCGCGCGCUAAAAGACUUAUUUCCAAUUUAUUCGGAAGUUUUAAAAAGAGUUUAAUUUUCGAAUAAAAUAUUUUGGUACAAAUUUUCGCUAAAACAAUUUAAUCCUACAAAAACCGUGUUUUUUUUUAUUAAAAACAGCGCUGGUACUCUGUACUGUGGUAAUGCGUCACUGUCAUGGAUAUUAGUAUUGCCAGUAAACAAAAAUUAACCAUUAUAAGGGGAAUAAUUUGAAGUAUAUGUAUAAUUAAGACUUUGCGAUUGUAAUCAACAAUACGGAACAAUAAGGAACAGAAAUAUAUACAUAUUCGUUAGAUUUUUAUUAGAUGUUGGUAGAUAGUAUUUAUUGUAGCCACAGAGAAAUUACAUGACAUUUCAAAAUGGCGGCGGUAGUACCAAUUGCAGCCGCCGGCCAACAAAUGGAUGUGUAUUUCCAAAUGUCAAAAACGAUUACUAUUUCCAUUGGAGUAUAAUUUCACUAUUCUAUCUACUCUUUCGUCUCUUUUUGUCAAAUUGUGUUUCCGCUGCGAUGAAAAGAGGCAUUUUUAUUAUCUACAUUAGUUGUUUUAAUAAUGGUUAUUUGUGUUUUUAAACCUUUUCCGUCUUUUAACGCGCGAAAUGCGUAGUAUUUUCAGCUUUACGAGAUGCUCUCUAGUGUUAUUUAUAUUUUUAUAUUAAAAUACUGUAACCACCUUAUAGAUUUAAGAACUAACGUAAGUAUUUAUUUAAUUAAAAUUUGGAAAAUGUGGGAGCAGAGCUUAAUCGGUAAUAUAUUGUUUUAUACGAAACCAAUGAACUAAAGUGCGUUUAUUACUUAUAUAUUUUUUUUAAAUAUUAAAAUUGAUACUGUUUUUUUUAAACCAUUGGACAAAUUAUCAAGUCGUAUUUUUGUCGUAAAAUUCAAAUAGAAAAUAACGUCGCUAAAAAAAAAUAGAUAAGCUUCCUAGUCAAACUGGGGUUUUCGUAAGAUUGUAGAGAAAGGUUUUGUAGGCACCGCACACAAGCCACUAAUAGUAUAUGACAAAUCACAGCACUUUAUCCUCGCGCCACGUUCAUAGAAUCAGGCUGAAUCGCACCAAUACGACUUAGGGGCCUUCAAGAAAAGAGUGUACAAUCCUGAAAAGCCUCCACAUUCGUAAACCUGCAGGUGUCGGUUGUAUGGUCGGCAUGUAAGAACUUGCUAGUUUGUGAUUUGUUUUUUUUUAAAUUAUUGUGUGAAAUCGUCAUUGAUUCUAUAAGCGUCUUCCCAUUAGAACAAAAACCCCCACUUUCUACUGUAUAGUUCUUAAUGAAUUUCACAAUUUGUUUAUUUAUUGUAGAAGUUAAGUUAUACAUUGAGUCAUGACUUGGAGAGGUUUGAGUAAAUUUAAUAUAUAAAAUUACAUAUAAGAAGUGAAACGGUCACACCAAAUGAAAAAUGUUGAAUUUUAAUAUCAGGAUUCAAUAAUAGGAGUUCACAUAAUCUCUUUUCCAAUAUUUGCUUGGGAUGAAGGUAUCUGUUUAUUUAUUAAAUCUUUUUAAUUAUCGACUUAUUUCCACUUAAUUAUUACGUCAAGUACCGUUAAGAAGGCAAAUGGAAGAGACUAGCUGCCCGCGACGGAGAUAAUCCUGUGGGAUAAUUCUCUUUUAUAUACACAUCCAUUUUUAUUAUGAGUCUUCUUUAGAAAGAAAGAAAGACUUGCAAGUAAACGUCUAGAUUUAAUUUCGAUUUUGUACGUCCGCUCUAGUUCCUGUAUCUGCGAUUUGUAAUAUUUUAAAUAAUUAAAACAUAUAAUGUGUCAGUUUUAUUAGUGUUAAAUCGAUGUUACAUAGAGUACAUAGAGUUUAUUAAAUAAACUAU